AUGCGUCACUACGUACCGGAAACUACGUCAGAUCACGGCCGUUGCCGUCGGAAGCGCUCUGAACAUGAGCGAUGUUAUGUGUUUUCCGCGGUUCCCAGAUUAUUGAAGGCCGCCACGAUGAGCAGCGUCUGUAGAGAAAUCAUCACGCUGCAGCUUGGACAUUAUUCCAACUUCGUGGGGACCCACUGGUGGAAUUUACAGGAUGCGUCCCUGUCCUACGACCCGGACUCUCCUCCGGCGGAGAUCCAGAGCGACGCGGUGUUCCGCGAGGGCCAGACCCCGGCCGGUCACGUGACCUACACGCCGCGGCUCAUCGCCAUGGACCUCAAAGGUAGUCACGUGGUUCGGGUGUGCGCGUGGAUUUGGCUUCUGAGCGCGCUCUCUGUGCAGGGAGCCUGCGGACGCUGCGCCAGGAGGGAAGUCUGUACGGCCACGGCCAAGGAGGAGCCCCCACAUGGUGAGCCCCCCCCCCUAGGGCCCCGAGACCUGCAUGACUCCAGAGACCAGGAGGACUGUGGUCGGGUUUGGAGACCUGCUGGACUCCAGAGACCUGCUGGACUCCGGUCCAGUCCAGAUACCUGCAGGACUUUGGAGACCAGCAGGAUUUCGGAGACCCGCUGGAGUCUGUCCAGAGAUCAGCAGGACUCCAGAGACCAGCAGGACUUUGGAGACCAGCUGGACUUCAGAGAACCGCAGGACUCUGGUCCGGACUCUGAUCUGCUCCAGAGACCAGGAGGACUCUGGUCCGGUCAGUCUGACCCGGUCCGUUUCAGGUCGGGGAGCCUCAUGAUGCACCAGGAGAGCCCUCCAGAGAAGAACCUCUUCCUGGAGGACCUGGACCGGCUGGAUAACGGGGAGAUCCUGGCAGAACCGGCCCUCCCCGACCCGGCAAGGAACCCUUCCCCGAAGCGGUUCUGCAGUGACCCGCUGGACCCGGACCUGGUGGACCCGGUUGGCGCCCGCCUGGCCCGGGUCCAGAGGGGGUACCAGCUGGAGUCCAGCGUCAGGGUCUGGUCCGACUUCCUGCGGAUCCACCUGCACCCCCGCAGCAUCGCCGUCAUCCACCAGUACAACCACGACGGGGAGGCGGACCGGCUGGAGGCCUUUGGGCAGGGCGAGGCCGUCCUGCAGGGGGCGCUGCUGGAGGAGCUGGAGGACCGCCUGCACUUCUUUGUGGAGGAGUGUGACUACCUGCAGGUAGGUCUGCCGGGCCCAAACCACCCGGUACCGCCCGACCCGGUAGGGCCCAAACGACCCGAUAAGGCCCAAUCCAAACUGACCUGGUACGGCCUGACCCAGCUGUGCUCUCUCCUCCAGGGGUUCCAGGUUCUGGUGGACCUGUCUGACGGUUUCUCGGGUCUGGGCUCCAGACUCACCGAGCUGCUGCAGGACUCCUACGGGGGGCGGGGCCUCCUGACCUGGGGGCUGGUGCCGGCCGGCCGCCCCCCCGCGAACCCGCUGAUGGCGGCGUACGGCCUGCUGAACGGCGCCCUGGGCGCGCUGCACAUGUCCGGCCACAGCACCAUGUUCUGCCCGCUCACGCUGGGGGGCGGGCUGGGCCGGACCGGGUCGAGGCGGGCCGGGUCGGGCCGGACCGGCCCGGACUUCCCUCUGCUCCGCUACGAUGUGAGUAUCCUGCUGCUCUGCCACCCGUCCAGAACCCCCCAAGAGAUCUAG